CCCGCAGCCAGUUGAUUACACACCAUGGGAGGCAUCACCCAAGCAUAUGGCGGAGCAAAUUAAGAAGUGGUACGUGCGCUACGUGCACACUGGCGGGACAGAGCCCAAGCCACGCCCAGGCCGGCCGCGCACGGUGUCGGACCCCAUCCUGAAAACCCUGGUCGACCACGUCAAGAGCGUCCACUAUGACUCUGCCGCCAAGUACGAGCACGACGCGCCCUUUCAAGACGUUCUCAAAUCCCACAAGAUCACUUUCAAAUCCCUGUGGCGCUCCAUGCAACACUACGAUCCAACCCUCCAAAAGAACUUAAAGGUGGAGCACCGCCCCUUCCUCAGGGCCGGCGGGGUAAGAGGAAGCCGCCGCCACCCCCGCCCGUGGCCCCUAUCAAGCCCUACGUGUCAUGGGACAACCCGGCAUGCCACGGCAACGGCGAGAUUGCUGACUUCCGUGGUGUGGGCGUCACUAAGGCCAAUUUCAUGAAGCUUCCCACGUACAGCGGCGACACAGUGCUGCCGGCGCUUUUGUUGUAUUUGCUGACUUCGCGAGUGGCAGAGUCUGAAGCUGUAUGUGCGACCAUAAACAUGUAAAGCAGUCACUGCAGAUGGUGCACUCGUUGAAGGCGUUCAGUUUGUGGCGUUGACUCCUCUACUUUCCGCUUGCGGCACCUGCGUAUGGUAGCAAAUAGCGUAGAAUAAGGAGUCCGAGGCACCUGAAAAUCGCGUGAGUAAGUGAGCACAGUCGUGUCGCCGCAGCGCUGGUGUUGCAACCGUUGUGCCAAGGCCCCAACAGGCCCCAACAGGCCCUACCGCGGCCACCCCCGCCACCCACGGACGCGCAAUGGUCAAGGCCGAGCCGCCCGAGGGCAGCCACCCCGGGCCGUACCAGCCCAGCGGCGGUUACCAGGCGCCCGGCCACAAGGGUGCCACCGUUGCGCCCUCCGUGGACGAGAGUGACGAGGAGGUUGUGGACGACGAGGGCGAGGACGAGCGCGAGGGCGAGGACGACGACGACGACGAUUCGGGGGAGGCUGAGGACGGACAUGGGGCUGCGGCUGGGCACGGCGAUGAUGUGCGGGGCCACGCGCCACAGCAGGCGGAGACGGCCGACGCCAAGGCCGACGAUGGCAGCGAUGGCCUUGGAGCUGCACACGCCCAUGAGGACCCCGAGCGCGAGGUUGAUGGAGUUUCGAGCGGUGACGCGGGGCCGUCUGGCAGCGGCGGCGCUCCGGCAGCGCUGCUGUGCGCCACGGCUGCUGCCACCACGGGUGGUGGCAGUCGCAAAAAACGCGUGCGUCAGCGGCGCGGCAGCGUGCGCACGGCCGCUGACGGGCCGCUGAUGCACCUGUGCUUCUACUGCAACCAGCCUUCGCCCAACGGCGAGCUGACGCGCUGCUGUAGCUGCACGCCCGUGUCGCUGGAGUACAACUGCCACAGGCGCUGCCACCUGCGCUGCGCGGCCAAGGUGCCGGGCCAGCUGCUGCCAGGCUUUGAGGAGCUGGGUGUGUGGUUCUGCGGCUGCGGCAGGCAGAACCACCCGAAGCACACCCCCGAGAAUCACCUGAAGGUGGUCAACGCAUCAAACCCCGAGGCGGACGCGGUGCGUGCCUACGUGCAGACCUGCGCCCUGCUGCUCAGCGCCGGCAACGGCGCCGGAGCGGCCGCAGCCCAGGCCGCAGGCGGCGGGGCGCAGGGGCCAGGGGGCGCGGGGUCUGGCCUGCCCACCGCCUGGUUUGCGCCGGACAGGGUGCGGGCGCGCGGUCGUGGCCUGGUGCCGGACCCGCAGCAGCCCGGCCGCGUCAUAUUUGAGUCCAUGCUGACGCCACAGCUCGCGACAGCCGGCGCGGCAGCUGCAGGCGCGGCAGCUGCAGGCGCGGCAGCUGCAGGCGCGGCAUCUACAGGCGCGGCAGCAGGAGGCGCAGCUGAGGCUGCCGGUGCCUCCAAACAGGAAAGCGGGCGCAGCGGGUCCGAGCGCACCACACUGUCAGCUGAGCACCGUGUCCGCGGCAGCGGCAUGGGGGCAGCGGCGGUGGGACGGGGCCUACCAGGAGGCGAGGAGGAGGCAGGAGCGGCCGCAGCGCCCGGCUUCACCGCCAAGCCAGACCCUGACCAGCAGCACAACCCGCCGCAGCGUGGCGUGGUGGGCGGGAUGCGGCACCGGAGCCUGGCGCAGCGCUGGCAGCCGGUGACGCAGGCGCCGCCAGAGCGCUCCGGCGCCGGUGCGAGGUCUGGCAGUGCAGCGGCCAAGCCGGCCCUGGCGGCGGCUUCCCCAGUAGCUAGGCUUGCAACAGCCGCAAACGGCAGUGACGCGGCACCCCUUUCAGUCGCUGGCGGCCAAGCAGGUGCCGUGAGCAGCCGCAGUGAUGACAGGGCGGGCGCGUAUGACGACGGAUGGGAGCACCCCUCGGCCAAGCGGCAGCGGGCAGAGGUGGCGGGCGCAGGCACGGCUGGCGCUGGGACGGCUGCUGCUGCGGCGGCGGCUGCGGCUGGUUCGGCGGCGGAGCUGGCAGCACUGAGGGCGCAGCUGGCGGAUAUGCAGCAGCGCCUGGCGGACAUGGAGCGGGCGCUCUCAGAGGAGCAGACCAGGCGCAUUCGGGCCGAGGUGCGGGCGGAGGGGCUGGAGGAGCAACGGCAGCGGUAUGAGCAGGAGGCGCGUGAUGAGCGUGAGCGGGCGAUGGAGGCGCGUGUGGCUGAGGCUGUGAUGAAGCGACAGGUGGCGGAGCUCGAGAAGAGGAUGAAGGGCUGAGCAGGGGCACUGAGAGGACUGGGGUACAUCUCGAGGGGUUACACCUGCGGGCCACGGUAUCCACAGUACGCGCCACACCAGCACACGCAGGCUACCUUGCAGUUGAAGACGGAUACGGAGCUUAAGUGGACACACGAGUGGAAUGUGGUGCUACUCUGUUUGUGCCUUCGAGUUCUCCAAGCACGUUUGUUGCGGUUGUGCAGGCAGAUGCUUCCAGGCUAGGCUGCUGAGCAAACUGUGGCGGCACUGCCACUUGCUGCUCGGGAGUUGAGGCUCUGCUGUAUGUUGGUAAGAGGAGACACCGAGAGUCAUGAGAGAGAGAAUGUUCCUAAAACCUUCGACAUUGUGGAGCCGCUGUGCACUGUCGUAAGAGGCAGCCAGGGGGCCACGAAAGCCACAAGCCCACAGGCAGGGGAGGGCCCGUCCCCUUGUUCAUGACAUGCUCCCUCGCUCCACGUUGCGCAAGAGACGCAACUUGUUUCUCUCUCAUCUUGA